AUGCAAGAGGACAAAUGCAAGAGGACAAAUGCAAGAGGACAAAUGCAAGAGGACAAAUGCAAGAGGACAAAUGCAAGAGGACAAAUGCAAGAGGACAAAUGCAAGAGGACAAAUGCAAGAGGACAAAUGCAAGAGGACAAAUGCAAGAGGACAAAUGCAAGAGGACAAAUGCAAGAGGACAAAUGCAAGAGGACAAAUGCAAGAGGACAAAUGCAAGAGGACAAAUGCAAGAGGACAAAUGCAAGAGGACAAAUGCAAGAGGACAAAUGCAAGAGGACAAAUGCAAGAGGACAAAUGCAAGAGGACAAAUGCAAGAGGACAAAUGCAAGAGGACAAAUGCAAGAGGACAAAUGCAAGAGGACAAAUGCAAGAGGACAAAUGCAAGAGGACAAAUGCAAGAGGACAAAUGCAAGAGGACAAAUGCAAGAGGACAAAUGCAAGAGGACAAAUGCAAGAGGACAAAUGCAAGAGGACAAAUAA